CGCCGGUUACUCACACUGACAGCAGAGCCGGUUUGCUCUAAUUCACACACCCAUUAAUUCUCACUCAGAGCCGUUAAUCUUCUGACAAAGAUCUGCAGCAGUCCAUACAGAGAACUGGAGCGCUGCUGUUCAGUCUUUUAAUACGCUAAAUAAAUUCCAGAAGACAGAACUACAGAAACCUUGUCUUUCCAUCAUGGUGUUGUUUGAAGAUCUAGAAUGUGGAGUCUGCUACCUGCGUUACUCCCGUAUCGACCGCGUUCCCAGAAUGCUCCACUGUAACCACACGUUCUGCACCCCCUGUUUGGAGACCAUGGGCCUGCAUUACAGCGGCCUGUGCUCCGUUCGCUGCCCCCUCUGUCGACAGGUCACUUGUGUGGACCGUGGACUCAGCUUGCAGGGAGCUCUUUUUGUCAAUUCACAACUGUGGGACAACAUAAGUGAAGAGCAGAAAGAAGAAGAGGAGAAGAAAGAGGAUAAAAGAAAUGAGGGAAAAAGAGUUGAUUUUCAGCUGCCACCCUCACCACAGGCUGAAUGUCCAGUGCCAAAACAAUACAGGCCCAAACUCAGACUCCCAUCUUUCCUGAAGAGAAUGAGUUUUACCAGGAACCCUGAAGAGAGGAUUGUUCCCACCUGCAGCGUAGAAAUGAUGUCAUGGCGGAGGAUUUCAUCAGAGGAGAUUUUCUGAAAAGCGGGACAGCUACCAUUAACAAUGGAUUAUCAAUGUUAACAAUAGACUUUCACCGUCUGUUUUGCUGCUGUCAUUAAAAGUGAGCGCCAUGUGUUGACUACUUUUACUGUGCCGAAAAAGCAGGAGCAAUAGUCCUUCCUGGAUGCGAACACAAUCCCCUCCAUGUGGUUCUCCAACUGUAUUUUCUGCUUGAAUAACUAUAAAUUUGAAUCCCGUUCCUCCAUCUGAGGGGAGCGUCUCAUUACAUAUUCCACCCUUAAUCCAUCCCAGCUGCCAUGACCGGAUUUGUUUCAGCUGUCCCAAGAGAGAAAGAGGGGGUCCCAGAUGCGAAACAGGACUUUUGGAACAGAUGGCAUCUCUUGAAAGAUUCUGAUCUCCCGCCUCUCUCUUUUAUUUUAAGUUAUUUCAUGUUUUGUUAUUUAUAAGAUUUGUAAAUUAUUGUAAAUUAAAAGACAUCUGAUUGGUA